CAUCUUUUUGUCAAAUAUUUAAUACGAUAACAUUUCAAUAAAGUAAGGAGACAACAAAGGUGCUACAAACAAAAUAAUGUCUUUGGAACUCUCCUAUCAAACUCUAAAAACGGCGCAUCAAGCGAGAGAGGCAGAUGAAAUUCGAUCAGAAGCCCGGCGUAAGAAUCUUUUGAUUCUAAUUUUGCACUACUUAACUGAAGAAGGAUAUAUAGAUACAGCAAACACUCUGGAACAAGAAACUAGUCUAGGAUUACGACGUUUUGAAGUUUGUGAUAAUAUUGACCUGGAGACUAUCCUAAUGGAGUAUGAAAGCUACUAUUACGUCAAAUUUCAACGGUAUCCAAAAUUAACUAAAAAAACAGUGGAUGAUGAAAAUUCAAAAUUGCAAUCACGGAGUGGAGGUAAAUUAAAGAGGACACUAAGCUGUGCUUCUAAAGCGCUUCCUAAAAUCUCCACAGUACAGCGUCCAUGUUCCAAAACUGGAAUGAAAAAAACUGAGCAGAAAAAUCAAAAUCAGGAGAAUGGGCAAUCUACACCUCCUGAGACAUCAGAGUUUGGUUUGAAUGUGUCUACUAUUAAAGUUGGAGAUGGACUUCAUCCCAGACGGGGCCAGAUCAUUGACUUGCGAGGUAUGAUUCAAAAUGCUGUCAAAGAUUCAUCAACUGAAAUAGCAGUCAAUAGCCUACAUUACAACCAAGAUCCUUCAGAACGCUUGAUAAAACCUCUGGGUGCUUUCAUCGGAAUGAAUGGUGAACUGAGAGACCUUGCUGUUGUUGUCAGUAAGGAUAUUUAUCUACAUAAUCCAAAUGUGAGAUGGGAUGAUAUAAUUGGGUUGGAGCCAGCCAAACGACUUGUCAAAGAAGCUGUUGUCUAUCCUAUUAAGUAUCCUCAGUUGUUUACUGGGAUUUUGUCCCCAUGGAAAGGACUGUUACUUUAUGGACCACCAGGUACUGGAAAAACAUUGCUCGCAAAGGCUGUCGCCACUGAAUGCAACACAACUUUCUUCAACAUUUCCGCCUCCACCAUUGUCAGCAAAUGGAGAGGAGAUUCUGAAAAACUUGUCAGGGUAUUGUUUGAACUUGCUCGAUUUCAUGCUCCCUCUACUAUCUUCCUGGAUGAACUGGAGUCUGUGAUGAGCCAACGUGGUAGUGCCCCAGGGGGAGAGCACGAAGGAAGCCGACGAAUGAAGACUGAACUCUUAGUCCAGAUGGAUGGUUUGGCACGUUCUGAUGACCUUGUCUUUGUUUUGGCAGCUUCUAACUUACCUUGGGAAUUGGACCAUGCCAUGUUACGCCGAUUAGAGAAACGGAUUUUAGUAGAUCUUCCUUCCAAAGAAGCACGGCAAGCAAUGAUUCUUCAUUGGCUGCCUCCUGUGAGUAACAGUGGAGGUGUAGAACUUCGGACUGAACUGGACUAUAGUUUAUUAGGAGAGGAGACCAAAGGUUAUUCUGGCUCUGACAUCAAGUUGGUCUGCAAAGAGGCAGCUAUGCGACCUGUGAGAAAGAUCUUUGAUGCAUUAGAAAAUCACCAACCAGGAAAAAACAGCCUACCCACUUUUCAACUGGAAACAAUCUCCACAAAUGAUGUUCUUGACGUGAUAAUUCAUACCAAACCAUCUGCUAAGAAUCUUUGUCAGAAAUACACUGCCUGGCAGCGUGAAUAUGAGUCUGUAUGAAUCAAGAGAUGCAAAAAACAAUUACAACAAAAAAUGUUUCUUCCAGAUUGAAGGCUGGCUAUGGUGACCUAUGACAUUUUAAAGCAAAACUGUUUCUUUAAGAAUAAGUUGGCAUCUGCAUGUUGAAAAUUCAAUAGGAGUAUCAUUUCUAGACUUUUGACUACAGAUGCUUUUAACAUAAUGGAGACAUGCAAAACUAUAGCUCAAACAAAGGUCACCAACAACAACACUCACAUGCAGUUCAGUGAUUGAAGCAAAUGUUAGGACUGUCAUUGAUGGCAAGCUUUUCACAAUAUACAGGGGCAACAGACAAAGAAACAUUUUGGUGAAAAAAAUCUCACUUUUAAAACUGCACAGUUUUUAUGAUAUGUAGGUAUCUAAGUAAUUUCAGGUAUUAGCUGGGAGUUAUGAUUUAUUGGCCUCUUUAUCCAUUCAUCACUCAUGGCUGCUUCAUACCAUGCCAAGAUUAAAUCUUGUGUUAGAAGGUUAAUGCUGUU